AUGAAAAACGAAAUAAUCAUGGUUUUAUUGCUCUUAAUAGCUAGACAAAUAGAAGCAUAAAAUGGUUUUUAACUCUUUGAUUAAAAGGGAGAUAUUUCUUUUGAUAAUGUAAAAGUUAAUCUGAAAAAAAUAUAAAAAAAAUAAAUAGAAACUCAAGAAUCUGUUAAAGAAGUUCCAAAAUAAUAAUAAAUAGGAAAAUCUUAAAAGGAAUUAUUAGAAGAAUAAUUAUAAUAAAUAGAAAAAUAUAAACCUUCUAAUAUUACAAUAGAAGGAGGGAGAGUAUUUUCAUAAUAAUAAUAAAAUUAAUAAAAAGAAAUAGAUGAAAAUUCAGAAAUGGAUGAGUAAACUGAAAGUGAUGAUGAAGAGGAAAAUGAUGAAGAAGAUGAGGUUCUUUUAGCUAUAUAAUAAAUAUCAUCAGAUGCAUAACUUGAUGCUAUAGAGUUUAUUUUUAAAAAACGGCAGAUGGAUUAUUAAAGAAUGGAAAAUCUAAUAGAAAUGAUUGAUAAAUAAGAAAUUAAUGUAACAUUAAAUUAAAUUUAUGAAUUAAGUUCUAAAUACUCAUUUUUAUAACUGUUUUAAUAAGCUUUAAAUUAAUUAGAUAUUGAAUUUUCUGAAGAGAAAGAAGAAUUAAAUGAUAAUGAAAUAUCUGAUAUAGACGAUUAUUCAGAUGAAUAAAGUGAUAAUGAAAAAGACAUAAAUUAAUUUAAUGAAUUAUAAACAGAUUUUACUUUUGAUGAUUUAAUUGAUUUUGAUGAUGAUGAAUAAAAAUAUGAAAAAUCUGAUAAUUAAGAAGAAACAGACCAAGAUUAAUUAGAUGAUUUUGAUUUUUAUGAUUCUGAUAACAUACCAGAUGAUAUUGAUAAUUCAGAUUUUGAUGCAUUAGAAUUAGAUGAAUAAUAAUAUUAAAUUCAUAAUUCAUUUAUUACAGAAAGUUAAGUAAAUUAAUAGAUUACAGAAGAAGAAGAAGUAUAAAAUGAAGAAGUGGAAGAACAGAUUUUCAAUGAAGAAGAAUUUAUUCUAAAUUUUUCUCCAUCUUCAAAAAUAGAAUAACAAUCAGAGGAAUAAUUAAUUUAUUCAGAGUUUGAAGAAUUAAUUGAAUAAAGUUAUUCUGAAGAAGAAGAAGAUGUAGAAGAGUUUCAUUUGAAUAUGUAAUCUUGAUAAAUUGAUCUUAGUUAAGAUAUGAUGUAGUAAUCCUAAGAAUAAUAGUAACAAUCAGUUAACCAAGAUAAUACUUUUAUACCAUUAUAAUAUGAUAAUUUCAUUUAAUUACAAAAAGUUGAAGAUAUAAUCAUAAGCAAAGAAGAACAAAAUUAAACAUACAUUGAUGAAAAUAUACCAGUAGGAGUUUUAAAUUUUCAAGAAAAUUAUGACAAUUCUGAAAUAAAAUUAUAAAAAGAGUUUGAAUUUAGUCCUAAAAAAUUAGAGAAUAAUAAUAAUAAUAAAGACCUUAGCUAAUUAUAAGCUUAAUUUGAUUUAUCUAAUGAAAAUUUAGAUCAAAUAAAUUAAAAAUAUGAAUAAAUGAAUUCAAUAUAUAAUUAAGAAUCUGAAAUUUAAAAUAAUGAUACUCUUACAAAUAAAGAAAUUUAACCUUAAUUUAUAUAAAUUUCAUAAAAUACUGAAGUAAAUUCAAAUAGUGAAAACCAAAAUAAUAAUUAAGAAUAAAAAUAGACAAAUAUUAAUGAUUAAGAAUAAGAAACUAAAAUAGAAAUUCAUGAUGAUAAUUUAAAUAUAAAUAUUUAGAAUGAAAUUUAAGAUUUGAAAGAAGAAUAGUCUAAAUAAAAUGAUUAAAAGAUAUUCAUAGAAAAUUAAUAAAAUAAUGAAAAAUAGGUUGAAAAAGAAUAAAGGUAAACUUCAAAAUAAUAAAUUCCUAUGAGCAAACCAGCUUAACCUCAUGAAUUGGAAUUUGAUAAAUAAUAGUCAAAUUAAUAGAAAUCAGAUGAAGAAAUUUAAUAAGAAAAAGAAAUGAAAGCUAGAGCUCGUUAUGCUAAAAGAUAUUAAGCUUUAGAUGUGGCUAAUGAUGAAUAAAAAAAGAAAGAAUAAGAGGAAACUCAUUUUGUGGAUGUUGAUAAAAGCAUAGAUGAUAUUUUUAUUAUUUAAUCCUUAGCUUCAACAAAAAAGAAUAACGUGAUAGAAAUGAAAAAUCUAAAUGAAGAGCCAAAACCACAAACAUUAUAAGUUACUGAUUAAGAGAAUAAUAUAAAUAUAGAAUAAUAUAAUUCUGUUGCACAAAAACAUCUAACCAAAACUAAUAAUCAAAAAACAUAACAUUUUGUAGAAGCUUUUGUAUAAGAUAUGUCAUUAAAAUCAUAUAAUUGUGAUCCAAGUUAUUAUGGUCCAAAUAAGGAAGCUCGUUCAUUUGCUUGUUAAUGUUCAAAUAAAAUUUUCUUAUUAGAUGAAGAAUCAUGGUAUUUAGCUGGUACCAUUCAAUAUUAUAAGUAAUAUGAAAAAUUAUUUGAAUAAAUUAAAAAAACUAUUCCAAUAGUUUUUGUUGGAACUUCUAAAGAUAAAGUGUGCUUCUCAUCAUAAAUGCAUUAGCCUGUUAUUUUAAAUGAUUUUUUAAGGGAAUUAUUCUUUAAGACAAAAAUCUAAAAUAAGUUUAUCUAAAUUCCUAAUAUUAUUUCAAUGUCUUAUAUGUAAUUAGAAUAUAUAGAUAAUUAAAUUCGAAACUUCAUGAUGGAAGCAGAAUCAAACGAUGAGAUCAAAUUUGCUUAUGGUUUCAAUAUUCGCUAAAUAUUAAUGAAAUUAGCUCAAGAAGAUCUUCAUAUAUAAUAUAUUGGUUCAUUUUUAGUUCAUUAAUAGUAAGUUCCUUUUAAAUUGACAAACUAAUAUGGAUCAUUAAAGAUUGAUACUAUGGAGAUUACUGUCUAAUUACCUUAAGAUGAAUUAAUUUGUUUACAAAUAUGUGAGUAGAUUUUAAGUGGUGAUGUUGCACAACAAUUGAAAGCUUUUAUAAACUUUAAAAAAGGUCAAUAUUAAAUAACUGUUAAAGUAUUGAGUUCAAAUGAAAGCUUUGAAAUUUUCUACAGCUUAAAAAGUUGA